UCAGACAUCUAAAGGCAGAAGCGAGCGCGUUUGAAGCCGAGUAGGGCGUGAAAGUGUGUGUCGUGCCGCCCGCUACUUUUAGUGUCCUCUUGGUCAGGAUCAACACACAAUUAAAUAAAUAAAUAACCAAUAAAAUAGUAACUAAUAAUUAAAAUAUGUCCGAGUAAUAAUAAAAGUUAUUUAAAUACCGAGUAGUGUGGUUAUAAUUCGUGUGACAAUAAUGCUUGGUGUUGCGAUUAACAGUGUUGUGUGAUAAACGUUGUGUGUUGAGUUUAGUUUAGUAUAUACAUACCAUGUUCCGCUGCAUUCCAAUCUUUAAAGGGUGUAACAGGCAGGUGGAAUACGUUGACAAGCGUCACUGCUCACUGCCAAGCGUACCCGAGGAUAUCCUCAGGUACUCGAGAAGUCUAGAGGAAUUACUUUUAGACGCCAAUCAUAUCAGGGAUUUACCUAAGAAUUUUUUUCGGCUACAAAGGCUGAGGAAACUUGGGCUCAGUGACAAUGAAAUUCAUCGGCUGCCGCCAGAUAUUCAAAAUUUUGAAAAUCUUGUCGAGCUUGACGUCUCCAGAAAUGAUAUACCUGACAUUCCUGAGAACAUCAGGAAUUUACGAGCUCUACAGGUGGCGGAUUUCAGCAGCAAUCCAAUACCACGACUACCAGCGGGCUUUGUGAAGCUGAAAAAUCUCACAGUACUCGGCCUCAAUGAUAUGUCGCUCACUAGUUUACCGCUGGAUUUCGGAAGUUUGGAAUCUUUGCAGUCGCUUGAAUUAAGAGAGAAUUUACUUAAAAACUUGCCUGAAUCACUUUCGCAGUUGAGUAAACUCGAAAGACUAGAUUUAGGUGACAAUGAAAUUGAAGAAUUACCACCGCAUCUCGGAAAAUUGCCAGCACUUCAAGAAUUAUGGUUGGAUCAAAAUCAACUGCAACACUUGCCCCCAGAAAUCGGUCAAUUAACUACACUCGCGUGCCUUGACGUUUCGGAAAAUCGUUUAGAAGAUUUACCAGAGGAAAUACGUGGCCUCGUGUCAUUAACCGAUUUACAUUUAUCCCAAAAUGUUAUCGAAAAACUGCCCGAUGGUAUUGGCGAGCUUAAAAAAUUGACCAUUUUAAAAGUUGACCAAAAUAGAUUGACGAGUUUGAAUCCAAACAUCGGUCAAUGUGAAAACUUACAAGAGCUGAUAUUGACGGAAAAUUUUUUAUUUGAAUUACCAGUUUCAAUUGGUAACCUUCAUAAUCUAAACAAUUUAAAUGUCGAUCGUAAUAGUUUGCAGUACUUGCCAACGGAAAUUGGAAAUCUAAAGAAUUUAGGCGUAUUAUCGCUUCGUGAAAAUAAACUACAGUAUUUACCUAGUGAGGUUGGACAGUGCACGGCUCUCCACGUACUCGAUGUAUCGCGUAAUAGGUUGCAGUACUUGCCGUACUCGUUGAUUUAUUUAAAUUUAAAAGCCGUUUGGCUGAGCGAAAAUCAAGCGCAGCCGAUGUUGACUUUCCAAACGGAUAUUGAUGAGGAUACUGGUCAGGAAGUCCUUACUUGCUUCCUCUUACCACAGCUUGAGAAUAAUGCAGCAGGUUUACAAGAAGGAGGGCCCUUGAGCAUGAUAGUGGGAAUGAGAAACGCGGUUCAAAAUAAUGAGAUGAGGGAGUUAGCCAGCAGCGACGAUGAGAAUUGGCAAGAAAAGGAAGCAUCGAGGACACACUCAGUUAAAUUCACUGAUGAUGGACCAGAGGCCGACAAGGAGACACCAUUUGUGCGGCAGAAUACUCCUCAUCCAAAGGAAUUAAAGGCUAAAGCUCACAAGCUCUUUAGCAAGGGAAAGAACGACAGUAGGUCAGGAUCAACGGAGGAGCAGGACGUCUCUCAAACAUUUGGCCUCGACAAAACUGAUGUAGACGCGACUCACGCCAAUGAAGAAGAACCAGCAGAAACUUCACAUCCUGUCACAACUACCGGCGAGGGAAAAUCUGACGAGACUGCGCUAUCGAAUCAAAAAGUUGCUGUGUCAGAAACGUCAAACGAUGACUCUGUUACUAAAAUUAACGACCGUGAUAAUGAAAUACAUCAUCAGCCAGAACAAUCGUCUCCGGACACUGUCGAUGUCGAGGUUUCGGUGUCAGAAGUAUCUGCUAGGGGUAGGCAGGAGGGUGGUGAGGAUGAUUCCGAGGGUGAUGAUGAUGAUAUGUCACAUAGACGUGUUGAGUUUACAAUAUCUGAAGACACGGAUUUUGAGGGUGGGGUUAAUACGGGAAAGCCGAACAGGCUGCAUCGACGUGAUACCCCGCAUCAUCUGAAAAACAAGCGAAUACACCCCGCAAUUGACAAGGAUAAAGUCGCUUCCAUCAUCGCACAGGCAAUGAUGAAGAAAAACGACGAGACAUCCGUAUCCGCAAGUCUUCCUACCGAGUCUGUCGACAAUUACGAUAUCCACAGUCAAGGAGCAACGUCAGACGCGGAACCGUCACUUGAAGUACGAGAAGAGCAGUAUGAGAUUCAUAUUGAGAGAACAACAGGCGGUCUGGGUUUGUCGAUUGCAGGAGGCAUUGGUUCGACGCCAUUCAAAGGAGACGAUGAGGGGAUUUUCAUUUCCAGAGUUACUGAGGGUGGUCCAGCCGAUUUAGCAGGGUUGAAGGUUGGCGACAAAGUUAUUUCGGUAAAUGGGGUUUCAGUGGUUGAUGUUGAUCACUACGACGCAGUUGAAGUUUUAAAAGCUUGUGGAAGAGUCCUUGUGCUUGUUAUACUAAGAGAGGUCACGCGAAUAGUACCACCAUCUGAGCAGCAGUCAACGAGGAAAGACUCUGUGUGCUCGAGUCUGAGUACCAGUCGUGCUCCAAGUGCUACCUCUUAUGUGUCGUCGACUGCUCUAUCUCACAAUCUGGAAAACGGCGAUACUUUGUCGCGUGAUUACGUCAAAACAAAGAAAAUUCCCGAGCCUUUGCCUGCGUUGAAUAAUGAAGAGACAUUAGUACCGGUGCUUGUGCACACAACAUUAAUACGAGAUCAAAAUGGUCUUGGGUUCAGUAUUGCGGGUGGAAAAGGUUCACUGCCUUUCAAAGACAAUACCGAUGCUAUAUUUAUAUCAAGAAUAACCGACGGCGGUGUUGCACAGAGAGACGGUAAAUUAUUAGUUGGCGAUAGAGUUGUAUCGAUCAAUGGGGUCGAAAUGAGCGAAGCAAAACACGAGCAAGCUGUGUCGAUGCUAACAGGUCUCGAAAGGUUCGUUAGGCUGGUAGUUGAACGAGAGAUACCCAUUUCCCAGGCGAGCUCGUUGAUGCAAGUAACCCCUUCGGAAAAAUCUCCCCGAUUGAUCGGCGCAUCCACGCCGCGUCCUUACACUGGUCUCUACACGGCUAACAGUUAUAUGGCGAAUCGACCUGGUUACGCCGGGUAUCGACGUUCUAUCGACGCGGAUAAAACACUCUCGCCAAGCCCGACAGCAAGAACGCCACCUCCUCCACCACCGGCGCCACUCUCGCUCGCGAAACCCGAACAACAACAGCAACAGCAACAACCUGUCAACGGCAUUCCCAAGAUGAACGGCGUGAGCGACAGUUCUAAUAACGGCAAAGUGACAAGUCCGACGAGUAUUGUCAAUCCACCUCAGCCUGCGCCACGGCAAACUUUACCGGCUUCACAGUCGCAGCAACACCUACAACUACAACCACAGUCACCUCAAUCUCAAUCGCAGCACCAGCAGCAUCAACCAACUCGACAAUCGGGCGCGACAACACCCAGCCAACCAGAACCGGCAAGAGCGACAUCACCGCAGGAAGACAUACAGGUACCGAAGCCAAUCACCAACGAGGAAUUUCAGGCCAUGAUUCCCGCUCACUUCCUACGACCUCCGACCUCCUCGCCCUCGCCAGACUCCCAGCAGGGUCCAGUCGUUACAGUGACUAUCAAGCAGCCUGAUAACUUACCCGGAGACGUUAACUUUCCUCCGGCGCCCACUACACUUGGUAAAGUUACCGAGACCAUCACUAAGAGUACACUCACCGAGACAGUUGUUACUCGUGUCACCGACAAUCAUCUGCUCCAGCCAGUUAUCAUUGAGGACGUCGUACUGAUGAAGGAAGGAUCGCUUGGCUUUAGCAUCAUCGGUGGCACCGAUCACUCCUGCACGCCAUUCGGCGCUAGGGAGCCUGGUAUUUUUAUAUCUCAUGUUGUACCUGGAGGAAUAGCUGCUAAGUCUGGCAAACUUCGCAUGGGUGACAGGAUAUUGAAAGUAAAUGGAACAGAUGUGACUAAAGCCACGCAUCAGGAAGCUGUCAUGGAACUAUUGAGGCCUGGGGAGUCGAUUGUUUUGACUGUACAGCACGACCCAUUACCAGAAAAUUAUCAGCUGGUCGAAAUAGAGUACAUCCCAGUAACAGAACUUGUGAUAGUGAAAGAACCUGGUGAAAAAUUAGGCAUGCAUAUAAAAGGAGGACUUCGUGGUCAGCGAGGAAAUCCACUAGACCAUACAGACGAGGGCGUAUUUAUUUCGAAAAUAAAUUCCGGCGGUGCUGCUAAGCGUGACGGAAGAUUGAAGGUGGGUAUGAGAUUAUUAGAAGUUAAUGGCACAUCAUUACUGGGAGCUACGCAUCAAGAAGCGGUCAAUAUUCUUCGUUGCUCUGGCAAUACGAUAACUCUGGUUGUGUGCAAGGGCUACGAUAAAAACGAAGUCGAGCACUUGCUGACACUGUCCGGAAGAGAGUCUAAAGAGUCACGAAGAUCUCAAGAUAUCAAAGAAAACUCACCGACUGAAGGACUAAAGUCUUUGUCUCAGAGUGUGUCGAGUCUUGACCGAGAUGACGAGGAGGCCGCGACACUGAGACAAGAGCAGGAAAUGAAAGAAGAGCUCGUCGCUUGGGAACAAGAGGAACGCGAACGGGCGUUGAUUGAGCACAGAGAAAAAUCAACUCCUGAAAAAGUUAUGGAUGUAGUAAGGGCAGCUGAAUCAUUAGUUAAUAAACCAAAUAGUCCUGUUGAUACUCCUGUGCCACCAAAGUCACCUGGUGGAACAAAAGAUCUUAAAACUACGACUAUUGUUAUGAGUAAACACACACUGGCACCACAGAAUCCCACUGCGCUACAGUCAAAAUUAAAAGAAGAAUACGGUACAUCUGUGGAUGAUCCUACAUCAACUGAACAAUCAGUAACUACUUGUACUUCUACUACUGCCUCUAUCAAGUCACAACCCCAUGCAACAACGACCAAUCUAGAUCGCCACUCACAGUCUCAACCCCAAUCCCAAUCCCAGUCUCAAUCUCAUACUCUUCCUGCUAAAUCGAAGAGUAAAUCAAAUGCUAAGCGAAGUAUUACCUUUGCAACUCUUCCUUCUCCUUAUAAAUCAACUCAAUGUAUAACAAGUCCUAUCGUUAACUCAAUGCCUGCCAAAGAUAACCGUCCAGUUUCCAUGCACGAAAUAUCUAGUUACUAUCCAGCCGCUGAUUUUUAUAAAAAAAAUAUAUCUAACCCUGAUAACAACAAUAAGUCACCGCGUUUUCGGCUUCCGCCGACGCCACUGACAAGUCCGGGGUGUGAGAAGGAUUAUUCUGGGUGUAAGAGUAUCACCACCUCACUUAACGAUAUACAGAUUGCACGUUCUGUUGAUGGAAAAAAUAUUGUGGUUGAGCCGUCGCCGAGUCCCUCACCGACGCCAGCUAAAAUGUCGGUUAGCGAUAGGAAAAAAUUAUUUGAAACUGCUGUUGAAGAACAUCUCAAACCAUCUCCAAAACCAGAAAAAGUGUUCACUUUCCUCAGUCAAGAUGAGGUAGAAAAACUGAAACAAGAAGAAGAGAGAAAAAUAGCAACUCUCACACGAGAUGAAUUUAAAUCAUGGGCUCAGAUCGAUGAUAUGGAAGGUCUUGAAGAGUCCGAAGAAAUAAUCGAACAUGAUAAUAGAAGACCUAAUAGCCGGUUGAGCUCUCGGGGCUCAUUACCUUCUCUUCAGGGCUACCCGAGUAUUGUAAGGACGGCGAAAGCUGAGCGGCGAAUGAAAGAAAAGAUGAAAGAGGAGGGAUUGAUCUCAGAUGAUGAUGAAGAAAGUCAUUUAAGUCCUGCGGAACAGCGUGCACUCCGAGCUGAAAAAAGAGCCGCUUGGAGACAUGCUCGACUCAAAUCAUUGGAACAAGAUGCUUUGCAAGCGCAAAUGGUGAUUAAAAAAAUGAGUGAAAUGAUGGAUACUUCUGCAAAAGACGGGUCUACUUUACCUCAAGAUUCACAACAACCAGAAAAAAUAGCUGAGUUUGGUACAUUAAGGCCGUCUAGCGCGGAUUUUCCAAAACUUGCCGUACGCAGCAAGGUGGGUCCGCCUAAAGCCGUACGCGAAUCCGAAAAAAUAGUGGAUGAAAAGGUAACUCGGCGUACUGAAGAGUAUGUGGAUGAAGUCACUGGCGAACGUCGCGUCCGAACAGUCGAAUACGUCGAAAAGCUCAUUGAGCGCGAGGUCGAAACGUUGAGAGAAAAAAUCAUAUCGUUGGAGCUGAGCAACGCGGAGGAGGAAGUGGAUACCGGUAAAAUCCCUGCUGACAGCGAACCCGAGAGUGAGAGUGAAGAUUUGACUGGACAAGAUUUGUCAACGAGUGUCGCGGUCGAGAGCUCAGAUUCGUUUAUUUGCACGAGUCCGACGACGGAAACGGCACCAAGUAUCGGUGGUAAAAAUGUGGGCCCCAAUAAUUCCUCGGCGGCAAAGAAGAAAAAACGAAAGCGGUCGAAAAAAGGACGAAAUUAAAAUUUAUUGAUUUAGUCUGGUGCGAUUAUUAUUAUUAUUAAUAAUAUUGUAUAGUAUAUAUACAAUUUUAGAUAGGGUUUUAGGUCACUGAAGAUCAAAUUUUUAUAAUAAAAAUGGAUUAUUUAAAUUUAUAAAUAAUAUAUAUAAAUGUAGUUAUUGAUAAAAUCAAGUAAAUUCAAAGUGUUGUAAUUACUAAGACAAUAUUGUUGCAAUUGACGUAUGAAAUUAUGUAUUUAUAGAUUUUUUAAUACUUUUUUUUUACCAGCAAUUUAACAACUACAUUUUUAAUCAAUUUUUUGAGGUUUUUAAUGUUUAAAAAUUUUUAAUUUUAUUUCAAUUUAAGCCUCUAUCUGUUUUUAUUAAGUCCAUUCUCAGACAUUGCCCUCCACUUUUUAAAAAUUUUCAGCGACUUUCCAUUGAUUAAAAAAAAAUUAAAACUUUAUUUGAAAAAAGGAUAUCGCAGUAGUAAUUUGCCGAGGUAUAGAUUUAAAAAAAAUUACUUACAAUUGAUAGCAAUUUGGAGUUACCCGAAAUUUGAAAAAUAAAUUUUCAGUAAAAUUAUCAUGUCAAUUUUAUAAUUAGAAUUUUAAAAUUUAUUCAAAAAAUUAUGCCUACGGCAUGGAGGCUUUUUUCUGGAGAUGACUCGGUUCUCCCCACUACUGGUUUAUUUUUCAAUAUUUUUUUAUGAAAAUUUAUCAGAAUAUUUUUGGAAUGAUGCUUAAAAAUGUCAGAAAUUUUAAGAAUUUUAAUAACAAAGGUACUCUGAAAAAAAUAUGCUCUUUCUUUUGUAUCUCAGACCCAUUUUCCCCCUUAACUCCUCAUUGAUGACAGCUGUAAUUUUUCAAAAUUCUAUAUCUCAGCAAAAUUGUAUUUUUUCAAUGAAGGUCUUAAUUUUUUUUUAAUUAAUUAAUAAAAUUUUAGUAUGUUUAGGACAGUUGAGUCAUUGAAAAUUUUUAAAAAGUGGGGGGUACUGUCAGAGAAUCCUUAAAAUUUUUAUGGGAUAGAUUUUCCAACUAGCACAGUUUAUACUGAUCAUUAAAUAUCAACUGGUUAAUUAAUAAACUAUCAUACAAAUACACAUUCCUAUAUAUUUUAUACCAGACAUCACAGAAAUACAUAAAUUCCGGCAUAAAUAAUAUAUAUUUAUAUUAUAACUUUCUUAAACUGCUGAUCUUGCCCCCCAGUGACCAUGUUCAAAUAAAACAUUUCGAGGAUGAAUGUUUUUAAAAAUUUAAGUAAAUAAAUAUAUUAAUAAACAAAUCCUUGUAUGAAUUUAAAUUGAUUGGUUUCGAUGUUAUUACAAAGUAGGCGAAAAAAAGUUUAAUGAAAGUCCUAAAAAAAUACAGUGUGUAAAAAAAUGUUAUAUUUAUUUGAUAAUGUUAAGUAGAUAGCGCAAGAUUUUGUCGGAUUUUUAAUCCCGAAUCAUUAUCUGACAAUUAAAUUUUUUUUUUCUUUUCCUAUUUGAAUAUAUAUAUAUAUUUUAAUAAAUAUAAUGAAUAGCCCGGAGAUUCGUUUCUGUAUUAUGGGUGCAAAUGAUGAAUUUAUUUUUAUUAUUAUUUUAAAUAUUAUUACAAUUACAAUAAUGAAUAUAUUUUUAUUAAUUUUAUAUGGAUUUUUGGUCCAAUUGCGCGGGAAAGUUUAUCACUAUAAAUUUAAAUUUAAAAUCUUGGUCGUUAAAAAAUAAAAUAAAUUGGAAAUUCAGCAAUUUUAUUUUUUUUUUAAUGCCCAAGAUUUUAAAUUUAAAUGUAAAACGAAUUUUACAUCUGUUACUUAUAGAAAUAAUUAAGUAACAGCGCCUUACUAUAAUAGUAUUAUGUUUGUGACGGAUGGUUACAAUAUUUUCAUAUGUCGUUGCACAUGUUGUUGAUCGAUACAUAUAUAUGUUAUAGUAAAUUAUGUAUAAAAACAAAUAAUAAUAAUAAUAAUAAUUACUACGAGUGCUUGAGAGUUGAAAAAUCUAUCCGACAGUAAACUGGAGAUCAUUGAGCGAGGGACCAAGAGAUAACAUUUAAAUUAAUUAAUCAAUCGCAAACGUCUCUCAUUAAAUUUCGUGUAAAAAAGUUGGUGAAAAAAAGGAUGAAAAAAUGUUGACUUUUCUAAACUUCAAAACGUUCCUGGUGGAAAUUUUUCGGAAUUUUCUCUGAAAAACUCAGUUCUAAAGACUUUUUCAAAGUUCUAAAGACUUUUUCUGAGUUUUUCAGAGAAAAGUCCGAAAAAUUUCCACCAAGGGUGACACGACGACGAACUUUUUUGAACAUUUUUUAAAUUUCAAUAUUCAAGAAAAGAAUCAAUGAAUAUCCUGAUAUUAUUAUGAUCCUGAAGUUAACAGACAAUUAAAAAUUUUUGGAUUAUUUUUUUUAAACAAAUCAAUUACGAAAAAAAAACUAAAAAUAUGCACAUGUAAAAAAUCAAAAAAGCUACAGGUGCAAUUUUUUAAAUAAUUUUUUUUUAUAACUUCGUUUUUAAAAAAAUUCAAAAAUUAUCAAACGUUCGCUAACUCCAGUAUCAUUAUUAAGUCAAUUGUAUUUUCAGAAGUUUAAAAAAAGUUUGUCGUGUCACGUUUUGAAGCUUAGAAUAGCCAACGAUUUUUUUUACACGUGUAAAAAAAAAAGAAAUAAUAAUUACUGAUAAAAUCAGACGCUUGUGGCUUUGAUUUUUUCGUGACGAUUAAAUUAACGCGUUUGAGUUGACAAUAAUCGUAAAAACAAACAGUAUACGGCGCAAUAUUAUUUAUUGAUAGAAUGCACCGUUAUCUUUUUUUAUAUUUUAAUUAUUAUUGUAUUGUAAUCAUGGAUAAAAAGGUUGAUAUUUGUUAACUAUUUUAAAAAAUGGAAAAAUGGGUUUAAAAAGUGCGAAAACGGGAGAAUGAAUUAUUGGACACUUAUUUAAAGUAUUUAAUAUUUUAGAUUGAAAGUAUAAUAUAUAUAUUAAUAUAUUUAUUACUGUCAACUGUAUGUCAUUAUUAAGCAAUAUUUAUACGUUUUGUAAUGCUGAAUACGUGUAUUUGUAAACAAAAAUAUCAUGCAUAUAAAUAAUCACUGAAACAACAAAA